GGGACAUUUUUGGGUCAUUAUUUGGGGUAUUUGCGAUAUUUUUUGGAACAUUUUUGGGACAUUAUUUGCGAUAUUUUUUGGAACAUUUUUGCUACAUUUUUUGGAACAUUUUUGCUACAUUUUUUGGAACAUUUUUGGGACAUUUUUUGCCCUCUCACGAACGAACCAAGCGCAAACAAUAACGAACUUGUCGAAGGUACACGGGGAGUGCCGUCAAUUUAUCCUACGUCGAAAUGACAAUACCAUGUUUCUGUUUACAUUUCCAGAGCACACUUAAUUAUGUAAUCAGCUGCAAUUUAGCGUAAGCCUUUUUUUUUUUCCUAUUUGAAAUGACAAGCAUUUUGAAAGGCAAAAUUUUCCGAAAGUCGCGCUUGGUUUUAAAGAUACGUAAAAUAAGCUGUUACAGGAAAAGGGGAAAUUUCCUUCCGCGAAUGUUCCUCCGGGGAAGGUAUAACGAUGAUGUGCGCGUAGGAGCGUGCAUAGGAUAGGGCUUAGGACCAUGCAUAGGUGCGCGCCUAGGAAAGUACGCUCAUAAUACACACAACGCGCGUCGUUUGGAAUACCCCCUCCCACCCCCGUGCAGCCUUUAAAUGACAGCUUUGGUUGCCGCUAAGCUGGUCACACGUGCAAAUUUAUCUACACAGAAUUUAUUUUAAAAAGAAAAUCAAGGGUUCCAUCGCAAAAGCAUGGCAGGUGGUGGAGCGCUAAACAAUUUGUUUCCGGGAUAUAAGGACAAAAUAUGGCUCAAGCUUCCGCACCACCUCCGAAUCCGGCUAAUCAAAUCGUGGAACCAGGAAUUCGAAAAGAACAUAUCCAAGGCGAAAAUAAAAAACAACAAAAUAAAAAAUUUGAACUACUACCUGCUGGACAAGUUCAAGCCAAAUGAAAACUACAAAAACAGACACACGGAUUAUAAGAGGCAAAUGUGCAGAGGGACGUUAGAAGAGGGAUGCGACUUCUUUCUACCAAAUAAGAGAAGCCAAGAUAGAUUGAAGAAUCACCUACAACCAUACACAGAGGAAGAAAGUGAAGAAAGAAAAAAACAUAAAUAUUUAAAUUUAAAAUAUUACAUACUGUUUUGUUUGGGAUUUUCUGUGUUACAUAAUAGUAUGCAAUCUAGACCAGUAGCAUGGUGCAUGGACUAUGAACCACCCCACACCCCCCACUACCCAUUUUGGUUUAAAUCAAUGUUCCACUCGCAUGACAUCCCCAGUGUAAGAAGAGGUUUUGAAGUUUACAGACAAAUAUGUGCAACGUGCCAUUCGAUGGAACAGCUACAAUUUCGUAGUUUAGUAAAUGAGGUGUAUCCGGAAAAUCGAAUGAAACAAAUUGCUGCCUCGUACGAUAUAGAGGAUGGUCCUGAUGAUAAGGGAGAGAUGUUCACCAGACCAGGAACCCUAACUGAUUCUUUUCCAAAGCCUUAUCCAAAUGAAGAAGCUGCUAGAUAUGCAAAUAAUGGAGCAUCUCCACCAGAUUUGUCAGUCAUUACCACGGCUAGACAUGACGGACCAGAUUAUAUUUUUUCUCUACUCACUUGUUACCGAGAUCCUCCUGAGGGAAUUCACCUAAGACCAGGGUUGUAUUAUAAUACCUAUUUUGCAGGAGGAUCUAUAUCCAUGCCCCCACCUCUACAGGAUGAUAUGAUUGAGUAUGAAGAUGGUACUCCUUGUAAUGUCUCCCAGAUGGCUAAAGAUGUCGUCAAUUUUUUAACUUGGGCAGCGGAACCAACACAUGAUGAGAGGAAAUUAACGGGCCUCAAAUUGGUCAGUGGCGCUUUUGUUGCUAUGGUCUUAAUGACCGUAUGGCAGAGAUUUUUCUGGACCAUCUACGCUACUAGAAGGAUUGACUUUGGAAAAAUCAAGUACCUAUGA